AAUUUGCUCAAUAAAAUAAAAAUUGGAGCUUAGUUGAACUGGUUUGUCGGAGGAUGGCGGUCGGCACACUUUGGGCGGCGUAAACUGCUGAAAUGCCCACACUACCAUCACGCAGCGCCGGCGAAACCACCAAAUUAUCAAUAAAUAUCAAAACCCAACUAUCCAAAUUCAAGCUCUCGUACUCCACCUCACUCUUCCCUUCCAAUCUAAAAAAUGCCUUCUCCAAAACACCCACAACCACCGCCUCCGCCGCCGCCGCCGCCGCGAAAACCAUCCAAAUUGAGGAGGAUACCCCAUCUCAAAAUUCAAAUUGCAACAAAUCCAAGAAAGCCAUAGCCGCGGCCAAACUGAUCAACACCAAACCCUGGGCGGCGCCACUAGAAUCCCGCCUCUCCACCGCCCUAACCCCACUCUCCCAAACAGCCUUCUUCCAAACCCUCCGCCGCAUCAAAACCCCAUCAAACGCCCUCCGCUUCUUCAACUGGGCCCAAAGCUCAGGCUUCACCCACAACCACCACUCCUACUUCAUCAUGCUCCAAAUCCUCGGCCGGGCCCGACACCUCAACCCGGCCCGAAACUUCCUCUUCUCCAUCCCCAAGAAAUCCAACAACACCGUCCCCCUCACCGACAAGUUCUUCAACAGCUUAAUCCGUAGCUACGGCGAUGCGGGCCUCUACCAAGAAUCCCUAAAGAUAUUCCAAGUUAUGAAAUCGAUGGCCGUUUCGCCCUCCACCGUCACGUUCAAUUCGCUCUUCUCGAUCCUGCUCAAGAGGGGCAGAAUGGGAAUGGUUUUCGAGCUCUACAACGAAAUGCUCAAGACCUACGGGGCUAAACCGGAUUCGUACACUUUCAAUGUUUUGAUAAGAGGGCUGUGUAUGAACUCGAGUGUCGACGAAGCAUUUAGAAUGUUCAAGGAAAUGGAGAAGUUCGACUGCAAACCCGAUUUGAUUACGUACAAUACCAUCGUCGAUGGCUUGUGCAGAACCGGAAAAGUUAGCAUUGCUCGUAAUGUGGUGACGGGAUUGUUUAAAACAUGUGAGGAUUUGAGGCCGAACGUUGUUACCUACACCACUUUGAUUAGAGGGUAUUGUGGGAAACGAGAAAUCGAAGAGGCGUUUGAUGUGUUUAGAGAGAUGAUCGGUGGAGGAAUUACUCCCAACGAGAUUACUUGUAAUACACUCAUACAAGGGCUUUGCGAGUCUCGAAAGUUCGAUAUGAUAAAAGAGGUUUUACGGGAAUGCGGCGGAACUAUUGUUCCCGACACGUGUACUUUUAAUACCAUGAUGAAUGCUCAUUGUAAUAGUGGGAAUUUGGAAGAGGCGUUAAUUUUUUUCGAGAAGAUGAAGGAGAUGAAUGUGAAACGGGAUUCGGCUACGUAUAGUGUGAUAAUUCGCGCUUUGUGCGAAAAGGGGAGUUUCGAGAAGGCAGAGGAGUUGUUGGACGAGUUAUUCGGUGAGGAAAUCUUGUUGCGUGGUGAUAAUUGCACGCCUAUUAUUGCAGCGUACAAUCCGAUAUUUAACUAUUUAUGUACGAAUGGGAAAACCAAGAAAGCCGAGAGGGUUUUCAGACAGCUAAUGAAAAGAGGGACGCAUGAUCCUAUCGCUUUCGAAACCUUAAUCUUUGGACAAUGCAAAGAAGGGAAUUUUCAAGAUGCGCAUAAUCUGUUGAUCUUGAUGUUGAGGAGAGAUUUCUUGCCUAGUGUGAAGAUUUACGAGUCUUUAAUCGACGGUCUAUUAAAGAAGAAAGAAGCGAAUCUAGCACACGACACUUUAGAGAAGAUGCUGAGAAGCAAGUAUAUUCCAAGGGCGUCGAAAUUCCACGGCGUUCUAAUGGAGCUCGUCGAGAAGGAAUAUGCCAAAGAAUCUGCGGAUUUGAUGGGGCUGAUGCUGGAGAAAGAGAUCCGACCGAACGUGAAUCUGUCGACCGAUGUCGUACGGGUUCUGUUCAAGAAUUGUAUGAACGACAAGGCGUUUGAGAUUCUCACGAGUCUUUAUGGAAAUAGCUACGUUGUGAACAUGGAAGAAUUGGUUUCGUUUCUUUGCGGGGGAGGGAAAUUGGUCGAGGUGGGUGAGUUGUAGGUGUAUGGUCUGAAGAACGACCAGAUUGUCGAUUCAGGUUUGUUUGAUAGAGUUGUGACGAGCCUCUGUAAAGGUGGUAUGGCGUUAGAAGGAUUUCGUGUUUACUAUGAAUUGUUGGAGAAGGAUGCUCGACAUCCGUUGGGGUGCGUUGAAGAUUUGAGGAAUGCCCUUGUCGAUCAAGGUAAAUUGACGGAAGCCGAUUUCGUUGCUAAGAGGAUGACUAGUAAUUUUGUAGCAGUUUAAAUAUACCUUGAAUUUCGUCAAUUUUGAUCCGGAUAUUUCCAAUUUUGGAACAAUGAUUCUUUUUUUUCAUUUUGCGCUUUGAAAGUUU